AUGACAAGAAUGUCGUUAAUACAAAUACCAAGUCUACCAUUAAUAAUUCUAGAAUCAGAUAGUGGAAAUCUCAAGAGAUAUAAAUCAUCAUUGAAUAUAAUACUUUUUGAUAAUGUCAAAGAUCAACAAAGUUUGAAAUUUAUAUCCAUUGAUUUUAUCCACUAUUUUGAAUACCAUUUAGAAGCUCUUCUUGAUCGUGAUCAAUCAAGGAUUUUAGAUGAUUUUAAUAAUUUUUUUAAUAAAAAAUAUCCAAAUAAAAAUCAUAGACAUCACAUUGUCACGAGACAAGAAAGUGAUAAUAUGAAAGAAUCAAAUGAAUAUUCUGACAAUAUACAUGAAUAUGAAAAUGCUGUUUCAUUGAGUAACCAAGCAUUUGAGACAUUAUCCUCAACAACUCAACCAAUACUUGAAGAUUCACCUAUUUCAAUUGAAUAUAUUGAUGAAACUCAAUCAAUAUCUACAGCUAAUCCAUUUUCACCAAUAGACAAAGCAAGAGAAACAUUUGCUAAAGAUAAUGAGGAUUUACAUCUAUCACAUCAUUCAUCUGAACUGAAAUUUAUUCAAAUGAAUAAUACUAUUCAACGAUUCGAUCAACAAAAACAAUCAAGUGAUAAAAUUAACGCAUUACCUGUCAUGAAAAUAUCUGGAACAUUAAUCGACAAUAUAAAUGAAGACAAAGAUUUAAGUUACCUAAAAAGACAGAAAAGAUAUAAGAUCUUGAAUCCAAUAUCAAAUUUUCAAUCAAAUAUACACAAUGUGCAUGUUCGUAAACUUAUGAUCAAUUUAUCAUCUUCAAUACUAACAAAUAUUAAAAAUGAUAAACAAAAGAAUAAACGAGCCAUGGCUUCAACGAAAGGUGUUCGUCGAAAGAAACGUAUUCGUAGAAAACAAAUUCGUAUACAAUCAUCAUGGAUUUCUACUAAUGAAAACCCAUCAAUAUAUAAUUAUCUUUUUAAUAAAUCUAUCAAACGAACUUCAAUUUCACUUAAACCUCUAAAAAAUCCUUGCGAAGUUUUAGAAUUAGAUACAAAAUUUAAACAUACUCAUUGUGAACCAUAUCAAUGUAUUUGUACUCCUCUUCCUCCAUGUUUAGAUAUAUCAUCACAUUCAUUGAUCGAAAAUUCUCAAAUGUGUAAUAUAUAUUUAAUAUAA